GGCUCCUGCCCCGCCCACGAGAAAGUGGGUGAAAGGUCGGCGGCGCCGGCACUGCGACUUGAGCAGUGAAGCUAGGCGGCGGGGAACGCACAGCUGCACUGACGGACAGACGGACCAUGGCAGAUCAGGCGAAGCCCAUCAGCCCGCUCAAGAACCUACUGGCCGGCGGCUUUGGCGGCAUGUGCCUAGUGUUUGUUGGGCACCCGUUGGACACCGUCAAGGUCCGACUGCAGACGCAGCCCCCAACUUUGCCUGGACAGCCUCCCAUGUAUUCUGGGACCUUUGACUGUUUCCGGAAGACUCUUAUUAAAGAGGGCGUCACAGGGCUGUAUCGGGGCAUGGCUGCCCCUCUCAUCGGGGUCACCCCUAUGUUCGCCGUGUGCUUCUUUGGGUUUGGUUUGGGGAAGAAGCUACAACAGAAACACCCGGAGGAUGUGCUCAGCUACCCCCAACUAUUUGCAGCUGGGAUGUUAUCUGGCGUAUUCACCACAGGAAUCAUGACCCCUGGAGAACGGAUCAAGUGCUUGUUACAGAUUCAGGCUUCUUCAGGGGAAACCAAAUACAAUGGGUCCUUGGACUGUGCAAAGAAGCUGUACCAGGAGUCUGGGAUCCGAGGCAUCUACAAGGGGACUGUGCUCACCCUCAUGCGAGAUGUUCCAGCCAGUGGGAUGUAUUUCAUGACAUAUGAGUGGCUGAAAAAUACCUUGACUCCAGAGGGAAAGAGUGUCAGUGAACUCAGCGUGCCUCGGAUUCUGGUGGCUGGAGGCAUCGCAGGGAUCUUCAACUGGGCUGUGGCAAUCCCCCCAGACGUGCUGAAGUCCCGCUUCCAAACUGCACCUCCUGGGAAAUAUCCUAAUGGUUUCAAAGAUGUGCUGAGAGAGCUGAUCCGGGAUGAAGGAAUCACAUCCUUGUACAAGGGGUUCAAUGCCGUAAUGAUCCGAGCCUUCCCAGCCAACGCGGCCUGUUUCCUUGGCUUUGAAGUUGCCAUGAAGUUCCUUAAUUGGGCCACCCCCAACUUGUGAGGCUGAAGGCUGCCCAAGGCUUUGGAUGCUGGAAGCUGUCGCCAAAGAGGAGCAGUGGGCAGAACUAGGUCAUCUUGAAGGGUGAGGGGAGGGGGAUAGUGGGAUCAGAGCUCUGUGCAUGGACUUGUUGAGACCGUUUGCCUUAAUGACAUCUUCUACCUGGUAUAACUUGGUGUGCUGUUUUGAAACUUGAAUUCACUCUUGUCUAUUUAAGGGAUCUCAAGAGGAUUUGGAGAUGGAGUAAAUGUUGCCAGAGUAUGUCUACUGGUUGAUACUAGCCCUGUUAUACCCAAAAUACUCAUCUCGAAAGAGGAAAUCUCAGCCUAUCACUGGAGGCACUAUGAAGGUUUUCAACCAGCUGACCAGGAGCUGGGGUCUUCUUUGAUCCCUAGCCAGGAACACCCACCAGUCUUUCAGGGUACUGUCCUAUCCUGGCCUGCACGUGGGGAUGUGGACUUGAGGCCCACGUCUGUCUGUGAAGUGGACUGAGCAAAUGUGUAGGGACAGAUAGCCUGAUAAUAGUAGGGUUGAUUUUUCCUUUUUUAGGCAUGCAAGUAAUUAAAAUUGAAACUAGAGUGGCUUAAUUUCCCAGGAGAAGGUGGAAAGCUUUCCCUCCUACACAGUGAGGAGAGUUUUGAAUCAACAGUCCCAGUCUGCUGGGAUACGUGAGAAAGCAGAGUAUAGGAAGGCUUUUUGCACGCUCUUUUCUCAUGAGAGCCCCCUAUUUUAACAGGAAACAAUAAAUACUGUUUAAUUUUU